AUGGGAGUGACCCUGAGCAAGGAAGAUGACAUGCUCGACCAAUUUUAUGGGAGGGGCUUGCGGGAGCUCUCGAUGAACGGGAAUUUCAGCUCCCUACCAGAGGAAAUCAUCCUCCACAUCUUCUCCUUCUGCGAUGUGCGAUCUGUGUUGGAGGCUGGCACCUUGUGUCGGCGCUUGCGGAAGGUGGCAAGCGACGAGACAAUCUGGAAGACCAUCUUCAAGGCCAAAUGGGGAACUUGCCGAUCGCGCGAGGAGGGAGGGAUCGACCAAUACGAUUGGCGCGAGGAGUUCAUGAACAGACAACGCUUCGUGCUCGAGAAGAAGAGGGCGAGAGCCGAUGCCUCUACAUCGGGCAAUAACACCAGCCUCGCAACACAGAUCUGGGACUCUGUGGUGUCCACCCUCAAUCCCUUCGUGCCCAUUCGCAAACGUAAGGUCGUCUUUGUUGGUCUCGAGGCUGCUGGCAAGACCACCUGCUGCUUCAGAUUGCAAACGAACGGACCCGACCCCAACUACUUCCCCAUUCCUCGUCAGUGCUUCCCCCCGAUCGACGUCUUCCAGACGCGCGAGCUUGAAUUCGUGGCGUGGGACGUGGGCGGCUACAAGAGCAAGUACUACGACAGCUACAGCCACCGCGUCUUCGCUCCUCGCCUCCAGGAGUGCGAGGCGCUCGUGUUCGUUGUUGACGCCUCUGAAGACGAACGCCGCAUGACCGAGGCGAAGAGGGAACUGUCGGCCGUGCUGGAGGCCAAGAUGGAGGCCAUGUUCGAGAAGUCGCUCAACCUCUUCGAAAGGGACAACAGGCCAUUCCCCGUGAUGGUGUUGGCCAACAAGCAGGAUCUUCCUCGCUCCCGAAAGGCCGACGAGGUGUCACGCUUCUUCGCCUCCUGCUUCGAGCCCUACGAGAACGUUAUCUGGACGUGCCGGGCCGCCUGUGCCGCCAAGAAAGAAGCCGAAUGUCUUACGGAGGCGGUGUGGUGGCUGCUGUACGAGAUGGAACACACCCGUUGA